AUGGAGAACAUUUCCAAGGUUAUGGUCCGUAAGAAUGGCAAGCAAGUCUCCUGCGAACCAUGUCGUGUCUCUAAGAUCCGGUGUGAUCAUGGACUACCGAAAUGUCGACGAUGUGAUGUUAGGGGGUUGAGUUUCAAGUGUUACUACCAUCCGGCCCCUCUGACCCGAUCACGGAAGAAGGCACACGUACCCCGCAGCGUGUCUCCUGUCAACCCAUCGCGCGAGGAUGAUGAGGGCCCUGGCGUCUCUAUCAGUUCUGGUGAUAGCACCAUACCAACUGAUCCUCAAGCGGGCCUGACAUCUACUCAGCCAACAUACUUGGGAUCCACCAGCUUUAUGUCAGCAUUCGGCCAUGAUCAACAGGACUUGAGCCUUUCUACACCGAAAACUUCCCAUGGAUCCACCCUGCGCAAGGCGUGGAGUGCCGACUUCACACACCUCAUUCCCCGACUGGUGCAGCUUCUGCGGCCGCUCAGGCUGUAUGAAGAUUUAGUGACAGACGAAUACCAUCGGGGGCCGUUCACAGUCAUCCCAGCUCCUCUAAUCCUUACUCCCUUAAGGCUGCUUCGAAGCCACUGGGACAAGGAGAGAUGGCCGCAAGAGGAUUUGGGAUCCCGGAUCACUCAGAACACAGCCACCAAAUCAAUCAAGCUUGAAGCAAACAUGACGACAGACCAGUUUUACACCCUGUUCACAGGUCCGAAUCUGCGAUGGGAGUUUGCCGGCCUCCUAUUCGCUUUGGCGGGGCUCGGUGCUAGCGUGUCGUCUCGCGCCACUCCACUUUUGUCUCUGAACGGCAAGGAGGAACUAGACGCGGAUGCUUUUGCCAGGGAAAUGGCGGCAGCAAGUCAUGCAUGUAUCGAAAUCUGCAGACAGUACGACAAUGUGAAUGACUUGGUGGUUUGGCUGAACUACACAUACUUCGUAUUGGCAUCGAAUAUAAUGGGCGAGACAAGCCAUCAUAUUUACGCGCAAUUUGGGGACUUGGUCUCUUGCAUUUAUGCUAUGGGCCUACACCGUCCAGAUCGUCCUGGGUCCGCCGUUCCAUUUUUCCUCUCGGAAACCCGUAAGAGAGUCUUUGCAGCGUCAUAUCGAGCCGACAAAAAUAUCGCUACUUUUCUCGGAAGGCCGCCUCGACUGCCGUAUCAUUAUUGUGACGUGGAACUACCCUUAGAUAUUGAUGACGAUAGUAUAGUCCUGGACCGCCUUUCCGUUGACAACGCUAUAAGCAAGCUCACGCCGGAUGGAUGGGGUACGUUCAACGGUGGUCUGCGCCCUGCCACCGUCAUCCGGCUACGAUACAUGGUAGCGAUGUUGCGAGAGCAGGUGGUGGGACUGUCCUUGGGGCGAGGCUCUGUUCAUUCCAGACAAAAUGAACUCCAGGCUACCUAUCAAGAGUGUAAACGAUUAUGGGACAAAAUCCCCAGUCAGUUCCACUACAGCAAAAACUCCUGGAAGGCAUUAAGUCCGCCCCUGGCCAUAAUAAGCCUGGUCAUCCACCUAGAAUACCUCCACACGCUGUUUCAGGUCGAGCGCAUCCGCUCCAAUGAGGUCCCCGACGCCAUGUCCGAUCUUCUGGACUCGGCCAUGCAGAUCGUCUCGGCAGUCACAGAUUUUGCGAAGCACCGGAAUCAAGAGGCCAGCAUCCGCGAGCAGUACACGUGGAUUUUUCUCCUCUACGCUCUCCCGGCAGCAGGUGUCCUCGCAACCGAACUCCAUCGCUGCACAGUGGACAGGGUAUCACUACCAUGUUCCAUCCCCCGGUCCAGAAUUAUCCGCGAUCUAAGCCUGCUUGUCUCCUGGUUUGAAAGCGCUAGCUCACCAACAAAUGUGACACAUCAAGCGUGCGUAGAGGUUACCAAGGUCAUAAUCAAGCUCUUGAAUGAUACGUUGGAUUAUCCGUCAGCCGGGCAGAUGGGAGAUGGGCCACAAAACGGUACAGACAAUCACCCUAUGCCGACCAGUUUACAUUCCAUUGAGAUGUCCCUAAAUGCCUACGAACGGUUUGGUGCAACACCGAAUGUAGAUGCACUUGAAACGAGUGAGGAUUUCUUAAACUGGCUAGAUGAGUUGGGGUUGGACACGAGCGUCCCUGAGUUCUUUGGGUGCCAGUAA